UUCGACACACAAGAACAUAGCUAGUCCAUCUUUUUUUUUACUUGCUUCCCUUCUUCACAGCCUGUCAAGUCUGAAUUAUUAACACCGAUCGAGGUUAUUGGCUUAUUUUUUUUUUUUUUAGAGGGAGGAUUGCUUUGUGUUCUCUCUAAGUAAAGUGAGAGAUUGCAGGUUUUGGCCUGCCAAGGGAUUUGCUGGGAAAGAGGUGUCAAGGAGUCUUUUUGCCGACAUCACCACAGUUAUACUGCUUAGAUUGCUCCGUCCAUGUUUCGAAGAAUGAUUCAUGGGUUCUGAUGACUAAAUAAUUGGCUAGUUAUGCUUUUUAUUCUAGUUUAAUAUUAAGCAAAGCCAGCAUAUGGGUGAAAGCAGUGGCAUGAGGGAGGAAGAUGCUCAAUGAGAUUCGGAGGAGAGAAUCACGAUCAGGCCAUUUUAUGUCACAGGCAUGGGGACUAAAAUUGGAUACGCCAUCGAUCUCUUAGCAGCCUCACCAAACAGCAAAAGCUUUGCUGUGCUUUGUGUGGAUGACUGGGAGCAUUUGCAGAUUAGGGGAAUAAAGGGGAAUUGCUCUAGGACUGGUGUGGACAACUUUGGGGACUCCAUGGAGAAGAAGCUUGAAAAUCACAGCAUAGAAUCCAUCAAAAGGACAAUGCAGAUGCAUGAAGAUGUCUUCAAACACCAGGUACGGGAACUCCACAGGCUCUACAGUGUGCAAAAGAUGCUAAUGGAGGAGCUGAAAAAAGAACUCAAACAAAACAUAUUUUGUGGUUCCAUGACUAACUCAGAUAUAAACCGCUCUCCCUUCAUUAACUCCAGCCAUCCACCAACAACUCAAACCACUGGUGGAUUUAAUCUCAAUCUUCAAAGCUUGAGAGACGAUCCAAACUCAAGGGAGAGAAGUGGCAGUUGCUCUGGAGACACCAUGAGAAUGCCAAGGGGUUUUGAUCUUGAAAGGCCUGCUGGGGAAGACAUCUCAACGGGAGUCAGCACCGCCUUUGACGAAGACCAAGCAGGGCUAAGCUCCCACGGGUCCACCAGAAUUCAUAAGAUGAGCAUCGAUGGGUCUGCUGAAGAUAGCCAAGUGGAGCUGACAUUAAGCAUUGGUGGUAGCUUGAGCAAGAAGGCAUUGAAAUCCUCCCAAACUGAAUUAGGAUUCUGCGAGUCCUCCCAAAUGGGAAGCAAGGAGCUUGAUUCAUCUGCCUCUUUCAAAUCUGAUCGAGGAGAGGACUGCAGUGACCCCACCACCCCCAUGAGCAGUUCCAGUGCGAUUUUAGAUCAGGAAAGAAACCGGCCACAUUGGCUUUUCCAAGAUCUAAAGCUUAAAUAGGACUUUGGACUUGAACUUGUUGAUGGUUAUCCUUUCAACUCUACGUGGACCACUGGAUUUACACAGUUUGUGCAUUAAGAUUCCUGAAUUAUCUGCCACCUUACCCUGAUAAAUGCAUAAUUAACACCUAUUUCUGAGGUGUGUACAUUGUUGUAAAUAGGUGAACUACCAAGCUAAUCACCUUACUUGUCCUGUUUAUUAGUUUAGUGGGGUGUUUAAGCUU